CGAGCCCAUCGCUAACCCCAACUGUCAUUGUGAACCGACAAUUGAGACUUUUCCGCACGAAAGUUUGCAUUUGCCAAGAAAAACAAGAUGUUGUCGCAAUCCCUGCUGAGUGGCAUGCGUGUCCUGCGCACCGAGGCCCGCCGUAACUUCGGAAUUGUGGCCCCCGCUUUGAACAAGGCCUCCGAUCCCAUCCAGCAGCUGUUUCUUGACAAAGUUCGCGAGUACAAGCAGAAGAGCGCUGGCGGCAAGCUGGUGGACUCGAACCCCGAAAUUGAGCGCGAGCUGAAGACCGAAUUGGACCGUGUUGCCAAGCAAUACGGCAGCGAUGGCAAGACCGACAUGCUGAAGUUCCCCGAAUUCCAGUUCCCCGAGGUCAAGGUGGACCCCAUCACCCAGGCUGCCCAGUAAAGAUCGCACCUCGCCUAUGAGAUAGUCUAAUUGCUUUAAGUUAUGCUGCUGAUUUCGUCUGUGAGCCACCAAAUCCUCGGGCGCUACGUCAACAACAACAACAUCCAAUAAAAUCGGGAAAACAAUAA